AUGUCUGCCGCUGCAACCGCCAUUUCUUCCUUGCAAGUCCCAUUUCUCAACUGCAACAAUGGCAAUUCGCUGCCCAGAAAUCCGCCAACUGGGUCUUUUGUUAAUUUCUCAAAUAUUUCCACCACGACGAAAGGGUGUUCUUCAUCUAUCAGAUGUCAAUCCACAAGCACGGAGAAACCCAAGACGAGGAAUUUGGUGGACAAUGCGAGCAACUUGCUUACGAAUUUCUUGAGUGGGGGAAAUUUAGGUUCAAUGCCGAUAGCUGAAGGGGCAGUGACUGACCUUUUUGAUCGUCCCCUCUUCUUCUCUUUAUAUGAUUGGUUCAUUGAGCAUGGCUCAGUGUACAAACUUGCCUUUGGGCCAAAAGCAUUUGUGGUUGUGUCAGAUCCCAUUGUUGCCAGACACAUUCUGCGCGAAAAUGCAUUUUCGUACGACAAGGGUGUUCUUGCUGAUAUUCUCGAACCAAUAAUGGGCAAAGGACUUAUACCUGCUGAUCUUGAAACAUGGAAACAAAGGAGAAGAGUAAUUGCACCUGGGUUUCAUGCCUCAUACUUGGAAGCGAUGGUCAAGAUAUUUACUGACUGCUCUGAAAGAUCGAUAACGAAAUUUGAGGAGCUUCUAGGAGCACAAGCUUUAAAUGGUGGCAGGGAACCAAUUGAGCUGGAUCUUGAAGCUGAGUUUUCAAAUUUGGCUCUGGAUAUCAUUGGCCUUGGUGUAUUCAACUAUGACUUUGGCUCUGUCACAAAAGAAUCGCCUGUUAUUAAGGCUGUAUAUGGUACACUUUUUGAAGCUGAGCAUAGAUCCACUUUUUACAUUCCUUACUGGAAGAUUCCUCUGGCAAGGUGGAUAGUUCCUAGACAACGGAAGUUCCACAGUGACCUUAAAGUUAUUAAUGACUGCCUUGAUGGACUGAUAAAGAAUGCCAAAGAUACUCGAGAGGAAGCAGAUGUUGAAAAGCUGCAGCAGCGGGACUACGCAAACAUCAAAGAUGCAAGUCUCUUGAGAUUUCUUGUUGACAUGCGGGGAGAUGAUGUGGACAACCGUCAGCUACGAGAUGACCUGAUGACAAUGCUUAUUGCUGGUCAUGAGACCACCGCUGCUGUUCUUACAUGGGCGGUUUUCCUUCUCGCACAAAACCCCACCAAGAUGAAGAAAGCCCAGGCAGAGUUAGAUGCAGUUCUGGGUCAGGAGAAGCCAACAUUUGAAUCACUUAAAAAACUAGAAUAUAUACGGCUUAUUGUGGUCGAAUCUCUUCGCUUGUAUCCUCAGCCUCCAUUGCUAAUCAGACGUUCUCUCAAACCAGAUGUUUUACCAGGAGGCUACCAGGGAGCCCCAGAUGGCUAUGCAAUCCCUGCCGGGACAGAUAUAUUUGUUUCUGUGUAUAAUCUCCACAGAUCCCCUCAUUUCUGGGACCGCCCGAACGACUUUGAACCAGAAAGGUUUCUCGUGACAAAGACGAACGAAUCUGUCGAAGGAUGGGCUGGUUUUGAUCCGUCUAGAAGUCCCGGAGCAUUAUACCCUAACGAGGUCGUAUCAGAUUUUGCGUUGCUUCCCUUUGGUGGAGGGCCGAGGAAAUGCGUGGGGGACCAAUUUGCACUAAUGGAAUCCACAGUUGCAUUGGCCAUGUUGCUGCAGAAGUUCGAUGUGGAGCUUAGAGGGUCUCCUGAAUCAGUUGAGCUGGUCACUGGAGCAACCAUACAUACAAAGAAUGGGUUGUGGUGUAAAUUGCGAAAGCGAUCCUCAUCAUCAUAA